AGAUCACUCUAGAUAAUUAGGUUCGUCAAGAUUAGUAUUGAGUUAUAAUUGAAGUCCUUUUCUUAAUCAUCGAUGCCUAGUCCCUAAAUCGCCUUAAUCAUCUUAUUUAUCCACUUUGCUUAUUUGAUUUUUAUUUGUCUUUGCACUUGUUAAGUAUUUAGUUAGAUAAUCAAACCAAUCACUCAAUCGUUUAGUCUAAAUAGUCGAGUAAAAUGAAUUAGGAUAAUCACUUGAUUGAACUACUAAUCCUUGUGGGAUACGACCUUGCUUCCAUAUAUUACAACUACCCGUAUACUUGCGGCGUGGUGAAAAUAAUAGCGAACAAGUUUUUGGCGCCGUUGCCGGGGAUUAGUUUAGUUUCUUUGCUUGUGAUAUUUUGCUUCAUUGUGCUUAACUACUUUAGACAUUUUACUUGCUUUAAUUUUUGUUUUCUAUUUUAAGAUUGUGUUUUGACUUCUUGUUCUUGUUGGUUGAUAGGUAGUGUAUGAACACAAGAUCUAAGGGUGCACCUCUUAUACCUAUAAACCUUGAGGUUGAAGCUUUUUGUCGACACAACAAAGCAAGAACAAGAAGAGAUAGAGAGUUGGAGGAAGCUAUGGCGGAAAAUCACGACUUAAUCCGUCAACUUCAAAUGCAAUUAGAAGCCAUGCAAGGGAAAAUCAAUGAGCAAGAAGCUCUAAGAAAUACACCUCCACCACCACCUAUUAGCAAUAUGUUCCAACCCAUUGUCCAACAAGGAGGAGUGAAUGCCCCGAGAAUCAACGCCACAAAUUUUGAGCUCAAGCCGGCCCUCAUAAAUAUGGUACAACAAAACCAAUUCGCCGGUCUUUCCCAAGAUGACCCGAAUGGACAUCUUGGAAACUUCUUGGAGAUAUGCGGCACCAUCAAGAUGAAUGGAGUCCCGGAGGAUGCCAUUCGACUUCGACUCUUCCCCUUUUCGCUAAGGGGCAUGGCCAAGACAUGGUACCAAUCUUUAGAGGGUGGUUCUAUCACUACAUGGGAGAACAUGGCUCAAAAGUUUCUCAACAAGUUCUACCCUCCGGGUAGAACCAUGAAGAUGAAGAAAGACAUAGUCCAAUUUCACCAAUUUGAUGGAGAAUCCUUCUACGAAGCUUGGGAGAGAUUCAAAGAGAUGCUAAGGAAGUGCCCUAACCAUGGUUUAGAUCAAAACACAAUCAUUUGUGUAUUCUACACCGGGUGUAGUGGUGAGAUGCAAAGAGACAUGAAUGCAUCGGCCAAUGGAGCAUUGUUGGAGAAAAGCCACGCGGAGGCCGCUCACAUCAUAGAGAACUUGGCCACCAAUUGCCAUCAAUUCCCAACGGAGAGGAGCAUCUUGAAGAAGGUGGCGGCUACAACAAGCUCGGAUCCGAUAGCUCUUUUGACGGCUCAAUUGACCGCCAUGAAUAGCAAGAUUGAUGCUAUAUCAAUGUCAAGGGUAGAGCCCGUGGUUGAAGAACAAACUAGCUUCGAGGAUGUGAACUACAUCAACAACAACAACAACCGAGGCUAUGCGAACUUCCGGCCCCAACAACAAGGUGGCUACCAAGGGCAAGGGCAAUACACUCAAGGAUUCCAACCUAACCGCCACCCUAACCUCUCCUAUAGCAAUCCAAACAAUUUCUUGCAACCACCGCCCGGAUUUGCGGUGAGCCAUGGCAUGAUCAAGGAAGAGAAGAAGCUCAACCUUGAAGAAAUAUUGAUGAAGUUCAUGACCACGACUCAAGCUCACAUGACAAGAACGGAUGAGAAGUUAGAGGCUCAAGCCAAGCAAUUGAAAAUGCUUGAGAUACAAGUGGGACAAAUUGCCGAGUCUAUAAACAAUCAACACCAACAAGGGCAAUUCCCAAGCAACACAAUCGUGAAUCCCAAGGAGCAUUGCAAGGCCAUUGCUCUAAGGAGUGGGACAACAUAUGAAGAGCCCAAGAUGCCCGACGAAGAAGAUAGAAGUGGUGUUGUGGUUGAAGUUGGAGAUGGCAACCCUUCAAAGGAACAAGGAGAUAGAGGAAAGAAGAAGGAGGUGUACGUGGCUCCACCACCUUAUUGCCCACCAAUCCCUUUUCCUCAAAGACAUCAAAAGAAGAAUGUGGAGAAUGAAUUCUCCAAGUUUCUUGAGAUUUUUCGAAAGGUGCACAUCAACAUUCCACUUAUUGAAGCUUUGAAACAAAUGCCCUCCUAUGCAAAGUUCCUAAAGGAGGUCAUAUCAAACAAGAGGAAGAUGGGAGAGAAUGAGACGGUCAAUCUAACCGAAGAAUGUAGUGCCGUUCUCCAAAGAAAAAUCCCCACCAAGAUCAAGGACCCCGGGAGCUUCACAAUCCCUUGUGAUAUUGGGAAUGAUCGUUUUGGGAAAGCUUUGUGUGAUUUGGGAGCAAGUAUAAAUUUGAUGCCGCUCUCAAUCUUCAACAAGCUAGAGAUUGGCACCAUCAAGCCAACCACAAUUGCCCUUCAAAUGGCGGAUCGUUCCGUUUCUUAUCCAAAGGGGAUAGUAGAAGAUGUCCUCGUGAAAGUCAACAAUUUCAUCUUCCCGGUGGACUUUGUUGUUUUGGACAUGGUGGAAGACAAAGAUGUACCUUUAAUUCUUGGGCGCCCCUUCUUGGCAACGGGGAGAGCCCUCAUUGAUGUUGCUAAGGGCGAACUCACCCUUAGAGUGAAUGAAGAGAGCUUCACAUUUUCAAUCCACAAGGCUCUCAAGUACAAGGAGGAAGAAGAAAAGAGGGUUGGUGAAUGCAAGAUGAUGCAAGUGAUAGAGUCUUGCAUCAACAUGGAGGAGUACCACAUCUACAACAAUCCAAUGGACACUUGCCUCCUAAACCCUCUAUUCUCUUUUGUUGAUAAUGAUGAGUUUAAUGCUUCUAACUUAUUUAUUGAGGCUAAUGAAAUGAACUUUGUGCAGAAAAUUUCACAAGGAGAGGCAUGUUUCUUGGACUUGAGAAAUGGAGAGCCGAAAGAUGAAGGAGUGGAGAAGAAGACUCCCAGCUUGGAGUUAAAACCUCUCCCCGAACACUUGAAAUACGCCUUCCUUGGUGAGGAUGAGGCGUAUCCGGUAAUUGUAUCAUCCUACCUUUCUCCUCAUGAGCUUGAUCAAUUGCUAAAUGUUUUGAGGAAGUAUAGGUCCGCUAUAGGAUGGUCAAUUUCCGAUUUAAAAGGGAUUAGCCCAUCCAUUUGCAUGCAUAGGAUUUUGAUGGAAGAUGAUUUUAAACCUAGGAGGCAAGGCCAAAGACGGUUAAACCCUAUUAUGCAAGAAGUAGUAAGAAAAGAAGUUCUCAAAUUGCUAGAUGCGGGAAUUAUUUUUGCUAUUUCGGAUAGUGAGUGGGUUAGUCCCACUCAAGUUGUUGCUAAAAAGGGGGGGAUAACCGUCAUAAAAGAUGAGCAUAAUGAGCUAAUUGCAACUAGGUUAGUAAAUGGAUGGAGGAUGUGUAUUGACUAUAGGAUGUUGAACACAGCUACUCGAAAAGAUCACUUUCCUCUUCCUUUUAUUGACCAAAUGCUUGAUAGGUUGGCGGGGUAUGAAUUUUAUUGUUUUCUUGAUGGGUACUCCGGGUAUAAUCAAAUCAUGAUUGCCCCGGAGGACCAAGAAAAGACCGCUUUCACUUGUCCUUAUGGCAUUUUUGCUUAUAGACGCAUUCCAUUUGGUCUUUGCAAUGCCCCCGCUACUUUUCAACGAUGCAUGAUGGCCAUUUUCCAUGAUUUAAUUGAAAAUGUAAUGGAAGUUUUUAUGGAUGACUUUUCUAUCUUUGGCAAUUCUUUUGAUCAUUGUCUCCAUAAUCUAUCUAUUGUGUUGCAAAGGUGUGAGGAAACUAACCUUGUAUUGAAUUGGGAAAAAUGUCAUUUUAUGGUUAGGGAUGGAAUUGUGCUUGGACACAAGGUCUCCAAAGCCGGAUUGGAGGUGGAUCGAGCAAAGAUAGUGGCCAUUGAGAAGCUUCCACCACCAUCCAAUGAGAAAGCCGUGAGAAGCUUCCUUGGACAUGCCGGGUUUUAUCGAAGAUUCAUCCAAGAUUUCUCAAAGAUCACCAAACCCUUAUGUCACCUUCUUGAAAAAGAUGCAAAGUUCAACUUUGAUGAAGAUUGUUUGGUGGCCUUUGAGAAACUCAAAAAGGCUUUAGUGAGUGCUCCCAUCUUGAUCACACCGGAUUGGUCACAACCGUUUGAGCUCAUGUGUGACGCAAGCGACAUCGCCGUCGGGGCCGUGUUGGGGCAAAAGAAAGACAAGCUAUUUAGAGUCAUCUACUACGCUAGUAGGACUCUAGAUAAGGCUCAAUCAAACUACACCGUCACUGAAAAGGAACUUUUGGCGGUUGUGUAUGCCUUCGACAAAUUCCGCUCCUACCUCAUUGGCACAAAAUCCAUUGUUCACACCAACCAUGCGGCCAUCCGGUAUUUAUUUGAGAAGAAAGAUGCCAAGCCGAGGUUGAUAAGGUGGAUCCUCCUCCUUCAAGAGUUUAAUAUUGAAAUCCGAGAUAGGAGAGGAUGUGAAAAUGUUGUGGCGGAUCACCUUUCAAGACUUGAGAAUCCCGUGGAAGGGGAAAAUGCCGAUGUGCCCAUCAAUGAGAAUUUUCCCGAUGAGCAAAUCUUGCAAGUCAAGACCCACACCCCAUGGUAUGCGGACUACGUCAACUAUCUUGCAUCCGGCAUUCAUCCACCACCCGAGUUGAAUCGUUACCAAAGAAAAAAAUUCUUUCAUGAUGUGAAAUUCUUCUUAUGGGAUGAGCCGUUCUUGUAUCGACGAUGUGCCGACACCAUCAUCCGGCGGUGUGUACCCGAAGAGGAAUGGGGAGCUAUUAUGAGGGAGUGUCAUUCUUCCCCUAGUGGAGGGCACUUUGGCACCAACCGAACCGCUUUUAAGGUGCUUCAAAGUGGCUUCUAUUGGCCAACUAUUUUCAAGGAUUGCCACUCAUUUAUUUUGAGUUGUGAUCAAUGCCAAAGAAUGGGAGGAAUAUCAAAGAAGCACGAGAUGCCCCUUAACAAUGUGAUUGAAGUUGAGCUCUUUGACGUAUGGGGCAUAGAUUUUAUGGGCCCAUUCCCAAUGUCUUUCGGCUUCCAAUACAUUUUGUUGGCCGUGGAGUAUGUUUCAAGAUGGGUGGAAGCAAUUCCUACUCAAACCAAUGACUCCAAAGUGGUGAUCAAGUUCCUUCAAAAGAAUAUUUUAACAAGGCAUGGAAUUCCAAGGGCCUUGAUAAGCGAUGGAGGAUCCCACUUUUGCAACAAGUGGAUGGAAGGACUUCUCAAAAAGUACGGGGUGAAGCAUAGAGUGACAACGGCUUAUCAUCCCCAAGCCAAUGGUCAAACCGAGUUGGCAAACCGGGAGAUUAAACAAGUGCUAGAGAAGACAGUGAAUGGGAGCCGGAAGGAUUGGUCUCUCUUGCUUGAUGACGCACUUUGGGCAUAUCGAACGGCGUACAAGACACCGCUUGGCAUGUCACCAUACCAACUUGUAUACGGGAAGUCAUGUCAUCUCCCCGUAGAGUUAGAGCACAGGGCAUAUUGGGCGGUCAAGAAGCUCAAUUUUGAUUUCAAGAAGGCUGGCCAAGCUAGAGUCUUUCAACUCAAUGAGUUGGAUGAAUUUCGAAGUGAGGCAUUUGCAAGCUCAAGCCUCUACAAAGAGAGGACCAAGAGGUUUCAUGAUAGGAUGAUCCACAAACGGGAAUUUGCACCCGGGGAUGAGGUCCUUCUCUUCAAUUCCCGCCUUUCACUCUUUCCGGGAAAGCUCAAGUCCAAAUGGUCGGGCCCAUUCCUCAUCAACAAGGUCUCCCCCAAUGGAGCUAUUGAAUUGAAGGGCAACGAUGGACGCACUUUUGUGGUGAAUGGCCAACGCAUUAAGGCAUACUUUCGAGCCGAGCCACGAGAGAAAGUGUCCGUCAUCAUUCUCGCCGAACCAAAGACAUGACACCAUCAUGAAGACGUCGAGCUCACGACGUUAAACUAAGCGCUAGUUGGGAGGCACCCCAACAAGGUAUCUUUAAUUUUUGCAAGUUCAAUAAACACACAUAUACAUAGGUAUUAUAUAUUCAUCUAUGUAUAUAUUUUUAUAUGUGUGUGAUUUCUUUUGUUUGUGAGUUUAAUUCCCUUUAUCUUAAAAAAAAAAAAAAAAAAAAAA